GUGUGUUCGUGUGCGUACUGUUCUAUCUGGGGGCUGGGUUGAGUAGGAAUUGCAAAAUGUUGAGUGAGAAGACACUGCUUACAAACAUUCAGUCGGUGCAAUCGAGGAUGAUUGAAACGUUGUCAAUAUUUCUGGAUACCUAAAAUGGAAUAUUAGCUCGCCUGAUACAUUUUCAACGGGAAUUUAAAAAGGUGGCCAUCCAAUUGCCUGGAAUCACAUCUCAGGACCAGAUAGACAUCCAACUGAGCAUCUCAACUGUCCGAGUGGCGUUUUGUUCAGAAGCUCUUUUUCCGUGACAAGAUGACGGGAUCUCAGACCGUGACUUUCUCUUCUCAUCUGAUUACAUAACGCAGCCGUCAGCUAUGAUUCACUCGUACGUACAUAGCAGUCCCACCUAAGUAGACCUUGCAUUGAACUCAUUCCUCGGCUACCGCUUCAAACGAGAGGUGCGAGCCUCAUCCUAGUCUAGUAUGAGUUAUGACAUCACUCAGUCAGCGGCCAGCAACAACGCUCGUGGGCGAGGGACAAGGUUUGCAGACAAAGACAAUGACCAGGAGACUGAGUCCGAGCAGCUGAACGCCGCGAAAAGCACCGGUGACGAUGUUUCCGACCAGGGAAACAGGGCCGGGGGCGGGUCGUCCCCAAGCGAAGGAUCCGGCGAUCAGAGGGAGCCCAACUCCGACGACAUGGACGGCGGUCUCUCCAGCGGGAACGACUCCGGCGAAAGGGACACGGGUUCCCGCGGGCGCCAGUCCACACGCAGCUCGCACGGCUCGUCCAACGGCAAAGACUCGGGCAUGAUGGAAACCACAGAGAGCCAAAAGAGCUCCAACUCGCAGAGCCUGUCGCCUCCGAGCGGCUCGCUAGCCUACAGCCUGCUGUCCACCAGCUCCGAGCACGACCCGCCCUCCACGUCUGGCUGCAGCAGCAAUCAGUCGGCCAGGGUCCAAAGCCAGAAGGAACUCAUGAAGGCCAUCAAGGAGCUGAAGCUCCGCUUGCCAUCCGAGCGCAAGUCCAAGGGCCACUCCAGCACUCUGAAUGCGCUUAAAUACGCCCUGCAGUGUGUCAGACAAGUCCGAGCCAACAAGGAGUACUAUCACCAAUGGAGUGUGGAAGAGUGCCACGGUUGUAGCCUGGACUUGUCCGCCUUCACAAUCGAGGAGCUGGACAACAUCACUUCAGAAUACACACUAAAGAACACGGAUACCUUCUCAAUGGCCGUGUCCUUCCUGUCCGGGAAGGUGGUCUACGUGUCACCCCAGGGAUCGUCGGUGCUGCGCUGCAAGCCAGAGCGUCUCCAGGGUACCAUGUUUUCCGAGCUUUUGGCUCCGCAGGACGUCAGCACUUUCUAUAGUGGCACGGCGCCUUGCCGUCUACCCCUUUGGGCCUCCUGCAUGGGAUCAGCCUCGCCCGCUAUGGACUGCACUCAGGAGAAGUCCAUGUUCUGCAGAAUCAGCGCCAACCGGAUGCAGGGCGGCGAGAUGCGCUACUAUCCCUUCCGCCUGACGCCCUAUCAGCUCACCAUCCGAGAUUCAGAUACUUCCGAGCCGCAGCCCUGUUGCCUGCUCAUUGCGGAGAGGGUCCACUCUGGAUACGAAGCACCUCGGAUCCCUACAGACAAAAGGAUCUUCACCACCAGUCACACCCCCAGUUGCCUCUUCCAGGAAGUCGACGAGAGGGCGGUACCGUUGUUGGGAUAUCUGCCGCAGGAUUUGGUAGGAACCCCGACCUUGCUUUACAUCCACCCCGAAGACAGACCCACGAUGGUGGCCAUACACGAGAAGAUCUUUCAGUUUGCCGGCCAGCCGUUCGAGUAUUCGCCGUUGAGGAUGUGCGCCCGCAACGGGGAAUACCUAACCAUCGACACCAGCUGGUCUUCUUUUGUCAACCCUUGGAGCCGCAAGGUGGCCUUCAUCGUAGGGCGCCACAAAGUCAGAACGAGCCCGCUGAACGAGGACGUGUUUGCGGCGCAGGGCUGCGAGGCCCGCACCUCCACGCCCGACAUAGUACAGCUGAGCGAGAAGAUCCACCGUCUGCUGGUGCAGCCGGUGCACAGCGCCGGGUCUCAGGGUUACAGCUCGCUGGGUUCCAGCGGGUCACGGGGCUCGCGCCACUCGCAUCCGCGGCGUCUCGGCGCCUCGGCCGCCUCCUCCAGCGACAGCAACGGGCCCGCCAUGGACGACGGCGCGGUCGUGUUGCGCAAGCCUAUGACCUUUCAGCAGAUCUGCAAAGACGUUCACAUGGUCAAGACAAACGGGCAGCAGGUUUUCAUCGAGUCUCGAAACAGGCCGGCCCCUCGAGCAAAACCCAGCACAGUUGCCAGUCCGAGAGCCAUCAACAGUGAACCCGUUCGAGGUCUCAUCGCUGACAUGACCGAACCGCUGAAAGAUUUCCUGCCUGCUCCGCUGGUACAGAAAGAGUCCCCACCGGGAUAUUCCUACCAACAGAUCAACUGUCUCGACAGUAUCAUCAGGUACCUGGAGAGCUGUAACAUUCCUAAUACGGUCAAAAGGAAGUGCGGCUCCUACUCGGGCACAUCAGCUUCCGAUGAAGACAAGCAGCAGGACGCCGGCGGGAACGUCAAAGGUGCGUCGGUUGGCCGGGUCGGCGAACCCCCUCCGCUGCCCCCGCUGACGUUAGCCAUGAAGGCGGAGAGCGUGGCCUCCGUCACGUCCCAGUGUAGCUUCAGUAGCACCAUCGUGCACGUGGGAGAUAAGAAGCCGCCGGAAUCAGACAUUGUGAUGGAGGAGGCCCCGAGCACUCCAACACUCACGCCUCCUAACCUCUCGAGUGGGCCAGCUACCAUUCCUCUUCCUCCUCCUCCUCCCCCUCCUCCCCCAAUGGCUAUGCCCCCUCAAGCUGCACCGCCAACUCAGCCGGAGAGGGACAGCCGGCCGGCCGGGGGCGGCCGUCUGGGUCUGACAAAAGAGGUGCUGUCGGCGCACACGCAGCAGGAGGAGCAGGCCUUCCUCGACCGAUUCAAAGACCUCAGCAAGCUGCGCAUUUUCGAUCAGACCACAUCUUCCACCGUGCGCUGCCAAGCGCCCGCCGCCAACCCUCUGGCGCGAGGAGUGCGUUGCUCUCGGGACUACCCGGCCGCGGGAGGCGGCUCCAGUCACAGACGUGGCCGUGGCGGAAAGAGGCCCAGGCACCAGGAGUCAUCUGAGCAGCAAAGCUCUCUGGGGCUCCCGGGGAUGCACCAAGAUCCCAGAAGCAGAGCGGCAGCCGGGCCCCUCAACAUCGGAGCCCCCGCAAACUCCUCCUCCUGGCCGUCUGUUUGCUCUCAGCCCAGUAUUCCCGCUGCUCCGUUUGCACCCGGCAUGGUUCCGAUCUACCCGGUCUACCCGCCGUUCUCUCAGCCCUUAACCGCACCAGAUGCGUCGCGUUUCCCCCCUGCCCAGAUGGUGCCCCCCAUGAUGGCCUUGGUUCUUCCCAACUACAUGUUCCCCCAAAUGGGGGCACCCAUUUCUCAGCAAGCCGCCCCCCCGCCCUUGCAGUUUUUCAAUCAAAACUAUAACUACCCCAGCAUCGCUCAAGCCCCGGUUCCGGCCCCCGCAGCCGUUUGCAACCUCGUGUCCGUACCUGGCACGGGUGCGGCGUCUCGCAGCAGCACUCCCCAGUCCUACACGCAGAUCCCCGCCGAUCGCGAGAGUGCCCACUCCCCCCUCUUCCAGUCCCGAUGCUCCUCCCCCCUCAAUUUGUUGCAGCUGGAGGAGUCAUCAAGCAACCGGUUAGAGGCCGCCACCGUACUGGCGGCUUCUCAGCAAACCACGCCCACCGUGCAGGGUGGCACGGGCGGUGUGCAGAGCUCAGCCAAUCAGAGGAGCUCAGAUGACAACACCAAGGAGAAUCAUAACGGGGAAGCCAAUGAAUCCAACAACGACGCCAUGUCGACUUCCAGCGAUUUGCUGGAUCUGCUAUUGCAGGAAGACUCGCGCUCGGGAACAGGAUCCGCCGCCUCUGGAUCCGGAUCGUCAGGCACCAGGUCCUCGGGUUCUGGCUCCGGCUCCAACGGAUGCUGCUCCUCCGGCACCAGUGGCACCAGUAGCAGCCAGGGCAGCCACACCAGCAAAUAUUUUGGCAGCAUCGACUCGUUAGAGAACGACCACUCCCGCAAGCAGCCAGCAGGGGGCGGUGACGGUGGCGAGGAACAGUUCAUCAAAUGUGUCCUGCAGGACCCCAUUUGGCUGUUGAUGGCCAACAAAGACGACAAGGUCAUGAUGACCUACCAGCUGCCUAUCAGGGACAUGGACGCGGUGCUGCGAGAGGAUCGAGAAGCGCUGAGGGGCAUGCAGAAACACCAGCCCCGUUUCACGGAAGAUCAGAAGAGGGAAUUGAGUCAGGUGCACCCGUGGGUGCGCACAGGACGCCUCCCCAGAGCCAUCAACAUCUCCGGCUGCGCCGGCUGCAAGUCCCCGACAUUGGUCCCCCACGCCACCCCCUUUGACGUGGAGAUCCACGAGAUGGAGCUCUGCAGCGUGCUUAAGACGCAAAAGGAGAUCAAGAAAAACCCGUCAGAGGUACCCGAGGAGAAGGAGGACCACGACGAGGAAGAUGAGGGGGACGAGGAGGAAGGCAAAACACAAGAAAGCUGCCAAGCGCUGACCGCAGAUAAACACAGAGCGACGCCGAAGGGGGCGGAAGAGGACAACGCUCUGCCGCCACAGUCCGACAUGAGUCACUAAGUCAGCGGCCACAGAUGAAACAUCAGGCUCAACUUUUUAGAACUUUUUAAUGGGCGCUUUCCUGAAGCACACAUACAAUGACAUCAACAUGAGACGUUGGAGCACUCAGGGUUUCAGACUCGCCGUCUCAACUAAUUCCCGACUGACAUUUAUGUUGACGUGUGAGACCUUCUGGAAUCCACACGAUGCGCCUUCCUCUUUCGCGGGUCAUAUUUAUUGAAGUAGGAAGACGCGUCACAAAAAAAAAAAAGCACCUGUCAUGUAUGAUAGAUGUGCUUCACCAACAUUUUGUGUGACGUUCACCUCUGUGACGUCCAGCUACGAAUGUCGCGGGAUCCGGCUUCUCUAUUGCUCCUAAUCCCGUUGUCGGCUUGUGUAAAUAAAAAGGACGCUAAAUGUACAGUACAGUGAAAGACGGGCUGACUUUAUUUUGUUAAAAUCUGUAUAUUUUUAUAUGUUCACCCACUGAGAAUUGAGAGCAGACGACGGACCCGAGCUUGUGCCAUGUAUAAAAAGUUUAUUAAAGAGGGCCUUGCUCGGGGGGUGCAGUAAAGAGAGACAGUGCUAAAAAAAAAAAAAAAAAAUCCCAUUUACAUAUUCCCUUUUUGUCCCUCUCUGUGACGCUAUUGUGGUCAAGUGAUACUCUGCUUCAUGGCGUCGCUGCUGUCAAUUACUUUCAAAUUUGGGUGAAAUUCUUUGUACAAAAAAAGACAAUAAAACAACUUCAAAUGUAA